AUGUCAGGGAUUGACGUGUUGGGGUUGAAAGAUCCAAACCCUAGUCUUUCAUACCAAGCGUCUUAUGCGCAUCCUUGCACUUCUUCCACCGUCUCCUCCGCAGCCUCCUCCUCUUCGUCGGUUUUCUCCCUGGAUGGGGUGUCCACCCAGGGGUCCAUUUCAUCAACCUCAACGAAUCCGGUGGAUGUGAUUUGGGAGAACGAUGGAGAAUACCAGGUGGCCGGACGAGGACUGGCUCCUCCGACAAACGGCUCUCGUGGCUGUUUGAGGGGGCUCGCUGUUCCCAAAGCCACCGACCAGGCGGUUGCCCCGGAGUUGCGCAAGCAUCCCCGGCGCACCAGCUACGUUCAACCCAACAAUACGACCUCCGCACGACCCCCGCCUUGUCUUAUGCGACAGUCGGAGCGGAAGGUCCAUUUCGUCGAUAACCUUGUCGGUAAGUCGUUGCCCGAUCUUUCAGUAUUCGAGCCCUCCCAAGCUAAGAAUUCGCCCGGUCCGGUUGAAGACACCGCGUCCCAGAUUGUCGAGAUCAUCUGGCCCCUGUCCGUCGUGUCCCUGCGAAGCGACUCGACCACUGGAUGCAAAGGGGUCUUGCCUCUUCGCACGUUCAUCCAGGAGACGCUUCGUCGAUCGCGGACUAGCUAUAGCACGUUACAGGUGGCACUCUACUAUCUGAUCAAGAUCAAGCCGCACGUGCCCAGCCCCGAUCUGACCCCGGAACAAAACAGCGGCAAACCCGUCUGCCGAGCCAUGCAGUGUGGCCGACGUAUGUUUCUAUCGGCUUUGAUCCUCGCGUCCAAAUAUCUGCAGGACCGGAACUACUCCGCCCGUGCCUGGAGCAAGAUCUCCGGCCUCAACACGCUGGAGAUCAACCAGAAUGAGCUGCUGUUCCUGCAAGCGGUUGAUUGGAAGCUCCACAUCCCCGAGGCCACCUUCCAACGCUGGACUGAGGUGGUCUUGAAAUAUACCCCCGGAGCGGGUGCUCAGCCGCUUGACGGUCAGACCUGGCGCUCGGUGCUGCCGAGACUCACCCCGGAUCUGGACGAGGUGGACGAUACCCCGAUGACGCCUUCCAGCAUGGAGGCAAUCGAUGCCCGGUCGAGGGUCGAUUCGCCAUCUCCUCGGGGAACCUCUAGGAGGGGAUCGUCUGAUUCCUCCUUCACGGGGAGCGAACCCUACGUCUUGCCAUCGCUUCCCGAGAGGCAAACGCCGCCCGCCUACGAUCCAGUGUCCCGCGUGGAAUCCUUCAAUCCGUCCCUCCCAUCGAUUCCGCGGCCGCCUAUGCUUCCGACCCCGCAGAUGACACCCCAGUCGAACAUGGCCACCACUCCUGCUGCGAGUGCUGGCUCAUUCCCGCCACACCGGCGUUACCUCUGUUCCGCUAUGUCUCAGAUGCAAAAUAUGUGUAUGGCGCGGUCGACUCUCGACCAGCGCCCCUCACUGCCGUUUUGCCCAAAGACCGGUGGUUCGCUGGAUGGCUAUCCGACCUUGGUGCGCCGAUCAUCUUUGGCUCGCUCAACUUCAUCUGCUUCGUCUCCGGAAUCGAUGGUCUCCGACGUGUCCACCCUGUCCUCGCAGUCCUCGCAGUCUUCUUCCAUGUCGAGCUUAUCGGGCAGUGUCGCUCUGCCUCGCCUAGCGAUGCAUGCCGCCCUGCGGCCCACGAAUCCGAUGAAGGAGGUCCGCAAGCCGCUGGCAGUCGCGUCGCCUAUUGACGAGGCCUGUCUGAGUGACUUUUGCCGCUCCCCUGAGAACUACGGUGGCCCGACCGGCCCGGUCCCGGACCUGUCCGACUUUUCGUUGGGAACACCGGUCGACCAUGAAGCCGCGCAAAGUCUCUGUGCGCUUUCUGGAGCUGCUGCUGCUCCCGCGAGGGCCAUAGGUCCAGGCGCUAGCCAGCGUCAGGGCCGCAAACGUGGCCGCGCGGGAUCGGAGGAUUUGCCGUUGCAGAACCAGGUGCGUCAGCUGAUGCAAUCCCACGCCAUUCGGGACGGUGUGGUGCUACCAGACCGCCACACGGUGGAUCUCUUCUUGAAUUCGGGGCCGCGUCGCUCGCAAUCUCUGACAGCGUCGCAGCUGAGCGCCCUCAACUCAUACGCUCCGCUUUCGGGGCCAGCGGGUAUGAAGCGUGCCUGCUGCGGCAGCGAAGCCAACAAGGUCGCGUUGAAUCCUAGGAUUCGCGCGGAUUAUCAGAGCUAG